AUGGAGACGGCGGCCGCCCCCCGCCCGCCACGUGGCCCGGCCACCCCGCCCCCCGCCCUCGGCCCAGGUUCCCCGGCGCGCUCCGGUGCCCGGGGCGCGGCGGGCGCAGCGGGACCCGGCCGCCCCCGGCCCGCGGCCUCUGGGGGGCCCCUGCGGGACUCACACGGCAAGGCAGGACGCGGCGAGCAGCAGGCAGGGACUGCGCAAAGGGAGCGCCGCCCGGGCCGCGCACGGGAAAUGAAGCGCCGGGCUCGCUCGGGCGCAGGCGACUCAGAGCCGCCCGCGGAGCCGGCCGACCCGCGGUGCAGUGGGCGCGGCUCGCCCGCAGCAGGGCCGCCCCGAACCGCCCCUCCCGCGCCGCGCCGCGCCGUGGAGUCGCCCCUCCCGGUGGGCGCGGCGGGCCGGGCAGCGCGCAGGCGCGGCGGGGUGACCUCUCGGCCAGCCGGCCCCGCCGUCGAGAUGGCCCUCGGCAAGGCCUACUCCAUCCAGGACAAGGUGCAGGCCGUCGAGCGCGUGACGGGCGGCACCCUGCGCGGCUGGCUCAAGGUCGAGGCGAAGCUGCGCUGGUUCCUGCAGCAGCUGGGCGGCGAGGUGGGCACGUGGCGCAAGAAGAUGCGGCUGGCCAGCGAGGAGGGGAUCGACCGCGCCGUGUCCGCCUGGUUCCUGGCGCUGCGCGGCCACGGCGUGCCGCUGUCCGGCCCCGCCAUCCAGGCGCAGGCCGAGGCCUUGGCGCGCCAGAUCCAUGGCCCCGCGUGCACCUUCAAGGGCAGCCACGGCUUCUGGCACUGGCAGCAGCGCCACGGCGUCUGCAGCCAGCGCCCGCCCGCCCCCGGCCCCGCCGAAGGCGCCUACGGCCACGAGCAGAUCUACAGCGCCGACGUCACAGGCCUCUACUGGAGGCUGCUGCCCGCGCAGGCCGCGCCCCCGGGCGAGAGGGUGACCGUGCUGCUGGCCGCCAACCUCACGGGCGGCCAGCUGGAGCCGCUGGUCAUCGGGUGGCUUGCCGACCCGCCCAGCCUGCGCCGCCGCAACCAGGACAAGCUGCCGGCCUCCUGCCGCUACAGCCCGGGCGCGUGGCUCAGCCGCCCGCUGCUGCGCGGCUGGUUCUUCGAGGAGCUCGUGCCCGGAGUCAGGCGCUACUUGCGCCGCAGCCGCCUGCAGCAGCGGGCGGUGCUGCUCGUGACCCAGCCGCCCUCUUCCUGGCUGUCCGCGCUGGACGACGGCGGCGAGGUGGCGGCCAGGCCGUGCCGGCCGCCGGAGCCGCUGCAGACGCCCGAUGGCGGUGCGCGUGCUGUUCCUGGCCCCGCGCCGCCGGGGCAGGGCGUAGUGGCGGCCUUUAAGCGGCUGUACAAGCGCGAGCGGCUGCGGCUGGCUGUGUCCUGCGCCGCCAGCAGCCCGCGCGCCUCGCCGAGGCGGCGGCCGAGGAGUGCAGGGGAGGCCGUCCAGGGGCUGGAGAGCCAGGACACCAGCGAGGUGGGGCCGCUGCAGCUGCGCUCGCUGAUCGGUGUGGCCCGCAGGCUGGGCGGUGUGGCCCGCAGGCUGGGCAGCGUGGCCUCCAGCGACAGUGGUGUGUGA